AUGGCGAACGACAGCGCCUCACAUGCCGCGGAGUCGCUGCUUUUCCAGAAACCCGCCGAAGACCAAUUGCGCUCACACGUCUUUGCAGCCUUUGCCGGCAUCGCCUGGUACAAUGCCAUUGAGCUGAUUGUGCUGUGCUUCGUCUCGUUCAAGCGACGCCGCGGCUGCUACUUCUGGAGUCUCCUCAUUUCCUCCGCCUGCAUCAUCCCACACGUCCUCGGCUAUGUCAUGCUCUUCUUUCCCACGGGGGUUACCCCUGGCUGGACAGGAAUGGUCACGGGUCAGUCGGUCGUCCUCUGGUCGCGUCUACACCUGGUUCUGCAGAACCAGAGAGUGCUAUUGGCCGUCUUGUUGAUGAUCAUCAUCGACGCCAUCAGUUUCCAUCUUCCCAUUGUGAUCUUAUUAUACGGCAAUGUGGCUGUCCCGAUUGGGGACUGGGCCACUGGCUAUAGCAUUAUGGAGCGCAUUCAGCUCGUUGGCUUUUGCUUGCAGGAGCUCAUCAUCUCAGGCAUCUAUGUCUGGGAAACUGUUAAGCUCCUCAAACUUCGCCCGGAAGGUCGCCCGAACGGCAUCUUGCACCAACUCCUCAUCAUCAACAUCAUUAUCCUCGGUCUGGACGUCGCUGUUGUGGUCAUCAAUUACGUGGGAUACUACGCCGUCCAGGUGAUGUUCAAACCAGUCGCCUACAGUAUCAAGCUGAAGCUCGAAUACGCUAUCCUGGGAAAGCUUGUCGCCAUCGCCCGUGGAUCCUACAACAGCAAUGAAUUGCCUUCGAGCGUCCGCGAGAUCAACCCCUACCCUUCCUGUCCUUCCUCCCAAGAACCAUCUGGUGUCGAGUCUCGACGCAAUGUGCACCGACAAUACAGCCCACCUUGGUUCUCGGAAGAUUCUCACCAAUCGAGCGAUAUGUCCUCGAGGUUAUGA